AUGAGAUGCCCUUGCUUGAGACUGGCAGGGAAGACGACGGACGGUCGCGAAGAGGAUGAGGACGAGGCUCAAGUCGAAGGCAUCAAGAUCAGUUGCUCCGAGCCUUAUUUCGUUGAGGACGGCAUCUACAGCCCCGAGAAAUCGCUUCGAUGCUCGCAGCCGUUGGACCUAAGGGU